AUGGGACGCAAUCUGCAAGCUCGUUUAUGUAGUGGCGAGCAAAGUCGGAGGCGAGAGACUGGCAAUGUCCCGAGUAACAGGCGCGAAUGUUUCCCCCGUUUCUGCACUGGCGGAGUGGAAGUGGGACCGGUCGGGACCUCGGGAUUGGGCGGCGCUUCGGAGGGGGAGGCCGUCAGCCUUAUGCUUAUGGGCGGCGGAGAAGGGGGAGAGGCGGAGGAUGGAUUCUGGUCGAGGAGUAUCAAGGUUGAGAGUAAGUAG